GUCAUUUCAGGCUGAGGAUUAACUUGUCUAAAUUUAAACCAGGCUUUCUGCAGACCCCAGCUGUGUAGCAUCGAGAGCACUUCCUCUUUCAUCGUAAACAGAGAGUAAAAAACAGCUUUACCUCAGAUCAGAAAUCACAAGUGUGCUGCUUUCAUCCUGCACACACAACACAAAGAGACAUCAAGCACAAGGCCCGGCAGCUGUGUCAUCCACAGCAGGAUACUCGACUCUACAACACAGCAAAGCUGCAGCAAAUUUAACUCAAGUGACAGAAAAACCGGCUCCUGUUUUCUACAACUGAGGGGUAAGUUGUGCAAGGAUAAAGGUGUUAAAUAUUCACUGUGUGUGGUAUGUUUUAAUCGAGAUACCAUCAUGGUUCCUCUUUUUUUAAUAGAGAUCCUAAACAUGCCAGGAAAAAAGAGGAUGAGGCUUUUGUUCCAUCUCACACUGGUGUUGUCACUGAUCCUGACUUCAACUUUAGAGACCCUCGAUUCAGACCAAGAGCUGCAGGACAGUGGUUUCGGUCAGCCUCCGCCUCGUCAUGGUCUGAAGCUGCUGGUGUGGUAUGUUCAAAACUGCCUGGACAACAACAUGGUGUCCCUUUGCGAUCCAGUCCAAAGAGAGUUUGGAUUUCAUAAGUUUUGGAACACAGCACGUCUGCUGCCAGUCAUAAGGGACAGACAGCAGUACUCGUACUACACCAUCGGAAACCUCAACUCUCCUCAUGCCAAAGACCUGCCGUAUGAUGUGAGGAGAUACUACGACCGAAAAGACCCCAGAAGUAACAUGGACAGAGUUUUGGUGAAAUAUAACAUGAACAAUAGGCGCAUCGAGGAGAUCUACGCUUCUGCACAUUACGAUCCAUCAGAGACGUACCAGAUCGGCCCCGAUCUUCUCGCCUCUCUUCGGCAGCAGACGGUCUUCAUUAGCAUAGAAAUGUGAUGUUCCUCUGAUGCAGAAUCUCCCUGUGGCAUCUUUAAUAACUCUAUGGCUCUUCAAAAAAAAAAUCCUGAUGAGGUUUCCAACAUUUUCUUUAACAGUCUUGAUUGACAUGCUUUACUGCUGUAUGUCUUUGAUGGGAAAAGUGCCAGGCUGCUGUGAUGAGCUUCCUUUAAGGCUUAGGUAUAAGUUGGAAAAGUUUAAGCUUCCUUAUUUGCCUCAGUGUGCCUGCAUGGAUAAGAAUGUAGAUGUAUAUUUAAAGAUUUUAUAUGCAAAGAAAGCUUUGGGAAAGUUUCUUACUUUGAACAUCAUAUGCUGCCUUUGUCAUCAAUAAAUGACAGUGAUUCAUGUUUGAA